GCGCAACGAAUAUGGCAGGUUGUGGUGUUUGAAGUAUUUAGAGAAUAAUUGAUGUUCAUAAAUAUACUGACUUGUUACUAGGAAGUGACAGUUCAUGAUUUCACCUCAGUAUAAUGAAACUAUCUGCUUCUGUUCUUCCGUUAUUAGUGUCUUAUUACAGGCACUGGCUGUACUAUUUUAUUUUGAAGAGUGCGUCGGUGCUAACCUCACGUAAUUCGUAACUUGCGUAAGAUUUGAAGACGUUUCUUAAAAUGUAUUCUGUUCAGGUCAGACGCGCCGUAGAUAAUUUCAUUAGACGCUUUGUAUGUUGUAAUGAGAUGCUCAGUGUCCGCGGAAGGUAUAACUUUAACGAUUGCAAAGCUGAGUUUAAUAGUGUUAAGUCUGUUCUCAAGCCCUUUCAUAAAAGUACGUACCAAUUCGUUGGGAGUACGCGGUUGAAUCAUCAUGAAACGCCGUUAAACAGAGUUUACGUACACAUAAGAAAGGAAUAUCACGCAGUUUUCAGCCUUCUAAAUCGCUCUGGCCUGAGGGUUUCACACCAACUUUCAAAUUACCUACAUGCACGAGGCAUACAUUCUUCAGGUUCAGCCCCUCAGCAACAGCCGCCCCCAGAUAAUCAUGAUGACAAGAAACCAAAUAAGGAUGACGAAGAUGAUAGUAAAAUUUCAUCAUUGCUUGCUAAAGCCUUUUUGUGGAUGCUGACUGCAUAUAUGCUCAUAGCAAUUGUCUCCCUUCUGUUUCCCAGUAGCACUCAACCAGAGGUGAUUCGAUAUGUGUCAUGGAAUGAAUUUGUCCAUCAUAUGUUGGCCAAAGGAGAAGUGGAAGAAGUUAUAGUCAGACCUGAUGUUGAUAUUGUAACUAUCAUUCUGCAUGAUGGCGCAAUUAUAAAAGGAAAACGAAUUGACCAUAAAACAUUUCACAUGAACAUAGUGGAUAUCAAGAGAUUUGAAGAAAAAUUACGGGAAGCUGAAAGAAAUUUGGGCAUCAAAGUUGAUAAUGGCGUUCCCAUCAUCUAUGAAAGAAGUUCUGACACUGCUGGAAAAUUACUGGCCUCACUCAUUGUUGUUGGUCUGUUGUUGUCCUUGCUGUCACGAAGUAGAAGCAUCAGGCCUCCGAUCAGCAUGGAUACGUUUACACAGCUUGGUCGAGCAAAGUUUACAUUGGUUGAUCCACUUACUGGCCCAGGAAAAGGAGUCCAUUUUUCUGAUGUUGCUGGUUUGAAGGAGGCUAAACAAGAGGUCAUGGAAUUUGUUGACUACCUCAAGCGGCCAGAACAUUACAAAAGUUUGGGUGCUAAGGUGCCACAAGGAGCACUGUUGCUUGGACCACCUGGAUGUGGGAAGACAUUACUUGCCAAAGCUGUUGCCACUGAAGCUAACGUUCCUUUCCUAUCCAUGAAUGGCUCAGAAUUUAUUGAGAUGAUAGGUGGUCUUGGAGCCGCAAGAGUUCGCGAUUUAUUCAAAGAGGGUCGAAAACGGUCCCCUUGUAUUAUCUACAUCGAUGAAAUUGAUGCUAUUGGUCGUAAACGCAGCGGGGGCAUCGGUCAGUUUGACGGAGCAUCCGGAGAAGGUGAACAGACCCUGAAUCAGCUUCUUGUUGAGAUGGAUGGCAUGGCUUCCAAGGAGGGGGUUAUUAUGCUGGCUUCAACCAAUAGAGCUGAUGUUCUGGAUAAAGCAUUGCUGAGGCCUGGUAGAUUUGAUCGUCAUAUUCUGAUAGAUCUGCCUACUUUGGAAGAGAGGAAACAAAUAUUUGAACAGCAUCUGAAGGGUAUUUCUCUUGAGAGUUCUCCUGAGCAUUACUCAAAACGCUUGGCACACCUGACACCUGGUUUCAGUGGUGCUGACAUAGCAAACGUGUGUAAUGAAGCUGCAUUGCAUGCUGCUCGUUACAAACAGAAUACAGUGCGAGGGGAGAACUUGGAGUAUGCUGUGGAGCGUGUAGUUGGUGGCACAGAGAAGCGAAGCCAUGUCAUGUCACCAGCAGAGAAACGAGUGGUGGCUUACCAUGAAUCUGGCCAUGCUAUUGUUGGCUGGAUGCUGCGCUACACGGAUGCUCUCCUCAAAGUGACCAUUGUCCCUCGCACCAAUCUAGCAUUGGGAUUUGCGCAGUACAUGCCAACUGACCAAAAAUUGUACUCUAGAGAAGAGUUGUUUGAACGGAUGUGUAUGGCACUGGGUGGACGUGUUGCAGAGUCACUCACAUUCAACAGAAUAACGACAGGGGCUCAAAAUGACUUGGAGAAGGUGACAAAGAUGGCAUUUGCACAGGUGCGUGUCUAUGGCAUGAGCAAGUCCGUGGGUCUGGUCUCUUUUCCCGAAGAAGAGACAAAAGAAAUUGGGAGACGUCCAUACAGCAAGCGACUGGCUGCUCUGAUGGAUGAAGAAGCUCACAAAUUGGUAACUGCUGCAUACCUGAAAACAGAACAGGUUCUCAAAGAGAACAAAGAGAAGCUUGAACUGUUGGCUGAAACUCUUCUAGAAAAGGAAACACUUAAUUAUGAUGAUGUAGAGAAAUUGAUAGGUCCACCACCUUUUGGGAAGAAGAGACUAAUUGGUCCAGCAGAGUUUGAAGUGUCUGUGAACAAGGCAGCAGAAGAGGGUGGGGAGGAAGAGAAGUCACUGCAGAGCCAGCACCAGCAACAAAAUGCACACAAGUUUGCAGGGUUUCUGGUAUAAGUAGUGUAUACAUCAGAAUAAAGAUAAAACCUUAGUAAGAGCUUCACGAAACAAAUUUCUCUUAGUUUUCAUCAUAUGGGUUUUUAAAUAACCAAUGUGGAUUUGGUGACAAGCGUUUCUUUAGUGUAGGAAAUUAAGACUU